GAAGAAGAAGAAGUGAAGUGAAGCGAAGCGCAGGUAUAUAUAGAAGUUUGUUGUAGCUUCGUUUUUUAAACUAAUUAAAUUAAAUUAAAUUAAAUGGAACGCCGAAUACUCUUUCUCGGUCUCAUACUCUUCACGGCGGCUGCCAUCGCCGAAACUGACAACAACACUUCCCGCCAGCCGUUAUGGUCCACUGCCGCCGAGGAAUCCGAUCUACUCCCGCCGGGGGACUCCGACGGCGGCUUCUCUUCAAUGGACAGCAUGUUACACUGGGCUAUAAGUCAUUCUGAUCCUGAAAAGUUAAACGAAUCAGCACAGGCUCAAGAGAGAUUAUCACCGAGCGAACUCCUAAAACGUCAAUUGGAAAUCAAAGAAAUAAUGGAGAAAACUAAAGUGUUAUCUGAUGCUGAAUUGAUGAAAAUUUCGAUAAGUGAUUUGAAUAAUGUGUCUACAUCUUUGGAAGAUAGAUACAGAGCCUUGCAUGAGCUUCUUGAACUUGUUGAGCUAUUAGAUAAUGCAAAUGAUUUAAACAAACUUGGUGGGCUUUCUGCGGUUACACAAGAACUUAAUCACUAUGAUUCAGGUAUUAGGGCUUUUGCUGCAUGGGUUCUUGGAAAAGCUAGUCAAAACAAUCCAACUUUUCAGCAACAGGUCUUGGAACUUGGUGUACUCUCAAGGCUGAUGAUUAUGGUAAAAUCCGAUUCCAUAGAAGAAGGCAUUAAAGCAUUAUAUGCUGUUUCAGCUUUGACUCGGAAUAAUUUAGCUAGUCAGGAAUUGUUCUACGCUGAAGCUGGAGGUUUGAUGCUUCAGGAUAUUUUGAGGAAUGCAACUAUUGAUAUCAAGCUACGGAGGAAGGCUGUGCUUCUAUUGACUGAUUUAGCAGAGUAUCAAUUAGAAAAUGUUGAUAAAGAUGAACCACCAUUUUUCAGUGACCAGGAUCUGUUGAAGUCUGUGGUUGAUUUAACCGCUUCAACCGACCUUGAUCUCCAGGAAAAGGCACUUGUGGCGAUUAAGAGUCUCUUGCAACUAAGGACCACUGAAGCUCGAGUUUUCAGGGACUUCUGUGCUUUAGGUGAUGCACUGAAUAGAAUGAAACAAUUGUUGCAUGAUUUGAUGGCAGAUGACGAUCAGAGAGACUAUGCCAUGGAUGUGGAAGAUGUUCGUAUUGAAGUGGAACACAUUUUCCAUAAAAAGUUGGUAAAGCAGUGAUAUAUGUGAAUGUGAUCAUGAGAUUACAUCCUUAGAUUAUGGUUUUGACCCUGUAUCAUCAUCUAGUUUUUAUAGGAUACGUUUCUCACAAUUUUGAUGCUGUUAUAGACAUUUAUGAACGAAAAUUAGGGGUAUUAAUACCAAUUAAUUUUAUAGUUGUACAGUUAAUACCCGUCUACUUUUCUAGCA